AUGAGGAACGAAGGAAAUACAUUCAGUACAAGUACAGAGGGAACAUUGAAACCGAUACAAGUGCCGAUUCAACCUUUCAUACCCGAUACAUCGAUAUGGAGCCGUUGGCUGCAAAGGUUUGAGGGUGCACUAGGAAUCAUGAAAAUUAAAGAAACGGAAAAGGCAGCGUACCUCCUGCAUUACAUCGGCGAAGAAGCUUACAAUAAGCUUGGAGACCAUUUGGAAAGUGAUGAUCCAUACGCUAAAACUUUCCAAGAAAUCAAAGACACUCUAAAAGACCUUUACGAGCCUGCACAUUUAGAGAUUGCUGAAAACUUUAAAUUCAAUUCCCGGAAACAGCAACCAGGCGAAGACAUACAGUCUUUCGCUGACGCAUUAAACAAGCUAAGCAUCACCUGUAAUUUCGGAAUUUUCAAAAACACCGCAUUACGCAACCAACUAGUAUACGGACUAGCUAACAGACGUAUACAAGGCAGAUUAUUGGAAACCAAAGAUUUGACCUACACCAGAGCCAUGCAAACAGCUUUGGUGAUGGAAUUAUCACACUCAUCGUAA